GCCGCAAAACUUUUUUUUCACCAUCCAGCAACCACAAUAAACAUUCCGCUUGAACAGGUACUGGGUCGAUCGAGACAGACAAGACUUUCAAGUCGAACCGAAUUCAAGAAAAAGUGGAAAAUACGUUCUCCAUCACAGAAAAUGGCACAGGCUCCGUCCCAAAGGAUGUUGACUUUUGUGGUCGAACAUCUCGACCCUGAACUAGGACCCUGGUCUGCCCUGGAAUAUGCAUGUAUCGCACGGGAAUCCAAAGAGUCUGGGGCCCAAUUCUUAUUGACAUCGGUGCCCGAGGCGCUGCAAAUGCCAGAUAACCUGGCCCGCAUGGAGGAACUCAAGGUCGAACGACGCAACGUGGAGGAAAUCUUUGCAGACAUCAAGUCGAGAGUAUGCCUACUUGAUCCGGCCGCAAAGACGGAAUUGAGUCCUGCCGAUGGAGAUGAUUUUGACGUGUUUUUGUUUGGUGGUAUACUUGGCGAUGACCCCCCGAGAGACCGCACAUCUGAGCUACGAAAAAAGGGGUAUACAGGACGACGACUUGGCCCUGUACAAAUGACCACAGACACCGCCGUACGAGUUACUCGUAUGAUUGCUCUAGAUCGAAUUCCACUAGACAAAAUCCCCUAUGUUGAUCAUCCAGAACUGCGCAUCAAUGAACAUGAAAGUACAGAAAUGCCGUUUCGAUAUGUUCGGGACAGCAAUGGGAAACCCAUCAUGCCUGAUGGCAUGGUCGAGCUGAUCAAAAAGGACGCGGACAAGUCUCUGGAUGAUUUGUUCUGAGGAUAUGAUGAAAAAUUAGAAGAUAUUGAUAUGUAGAUACAAACAAUGCAAACACGCCAAGAUCAGAUCCGCGGCUGGCGGCAAGACCCACCGGCAGUAGGCUCCUGCCGAAAAUGGCA